UUAUCACUGUUACUUCCCAGCCCUAACGUGCAAAGGGGAAAAGGAAACUCCCGCAAGGAUGAGUACCAUGAAGUUCUGCCGGGAAUGUAACAACAUCCUGUAUCCCAAGGAGGACCGGGAUCAAAAGAUCUUGCUGUAUGCCUGUCGGAACUGCGACCACCAAGAAGUAGCGGACAAUAACUGCGUGUACAGGAACGAAGUCCAUCACAGCGCUGGGGAGCGUACGCAAGUCUUGCAGGACGUUGCGUCGGAUCCUACGCUACCGCGUACAAAAUCUGUUCGAUGCGUCAGAUGCAAGCACGGAGAAGCCGUCUUUUUUCAGAUGCUACGUCCAAAGAUGCCAUGUUUAAAGUCGGACAUUUGGAAAUCCCAUGCGAAGAAACAUCUGCGUGGAAGAAGAAAAAAAAUCAAACAAGGCGCUUUCAUCGCCAGAGCCUGAAACAAAGGUAUUAAUCGUGUUUUUCCUGUAGGGGCUUAAAGUAAACACCUUUUCUGUUGUGAGCCUGGAACAAAGGUAUUUCCUAAUCUUUCCAUCUUCGAGUUUGGUAAUCGUGUAUUUUCUCGAUCCGGGAACUUUAAAAACGUUACCUUUUAAA